AUGGCUGCUUUUGCAGGCGAGUCCUCCAUCAGGGGCUCAAGUGAGGCCAUGCGCAUGAUGCUGCUCACUUUUUGCACUAUUGGUAUCACGUUUACAUGGGGUGUCGAGAUGACGUAUUGUACUCCGUAUCUGCUGAGCUUGGGGCUGAGCAAGAGCAACACGUCCAUGGUGUGGAUUGCCGGGCCGCUGUCGGGUCUCAUUGUCCAGCCCGUGAUUGGCGUCAUUUCGGAUGAAAACACGUCGAAAUGGGGCCGCCGAAGACCAAUGAUGGUGCUCGGCGCGGCGAUUGUGGCUGUUGCUAUGCUCGUGUUGGGAUUUACAAAGGAGCUGGUCGGUCUAUUGAUCCAAGACGCGGAAGCCGCCCGGGUGCCGACAAUCUUUCUCGCCGUACUAGCCAUCUAUGUUGUUGAUUUCGCCAUCAACGCCGACAAUCAGCUCAUUCAAAGUGUCAAAGUAAUGUCCUGCUCGCGGAGUCUCAUUGUCGAUACACUACCUAUUGAGAAGCAGCAGUCAGGUGCCGCUUGGGCCAGUCGAAUGUCCGCCAUUGGCAACGUCGUCGGCUACGCUGGCGGCGCCGUCGACCUGGUCCGGAUUCUAGGCACCACGUUUGGCGACACGCAGUUUAAGCUUCUCACCAUCAUUGCCGUCCUGGCCAUCCUGGGCACCACGGCCGUGACCUGCUGGGCCGUGACGGAAAAGGUGCUCCUCCCGGACCCCCGCAAGGACAAGGCGCGGCAGCAGUCGUCCCAUCAUCAGGACCGUUUCCAGGUCGUCACGCAAAUCUACCACACCAUCCGCCAUCUGCCGCCGCGCAUCCGCGCCAUCUGCUGGGCGCAGUUUUGGUCCUGGAUCGGCUGGUUCCCGUUCCUCUUCUACAGCACCACCUGGGUCGGCGAGACGUACUUUCGCUACGACGCCCCCGAGUCGGCCAAGUCGGGCGACACCCUCGGGGACAUUGGCCGCAUCGGCAGCCAGGCAUUUGUCUUGUCGUCCAUGAUUACGCUCACGGCGUCGUUGGUGCUCCCGCUCGUCGUGCGGUCGCCUGAUGAGGCAACGUACACGCAGCGUCCGCAUCCCGCUCUCGCAGCGGUGCUCAAGAUCUGCAAGGGAUCGCGACCCGAUCUCCUGACAGCAUGGAUCUGCGGCCAUGUACUAUUUGCAGUCGCCAUGAUGUUUGCCCCAUUUGCUACGAGUUAUCGCUUUGCCACUGCGCUGGUGUGCCUCUGCGCAGUUCCAUGGGCAAUCGCAGGGUGGGCACCCAGCGCGUUUCUCGGUAUCGAAGUCAACAAGCUUGCAACUGAGGGCGGAUCUACCUAUCGUCCGCUGCCUAGCCAGGAUAUCGAAAUGACGGUGCUCCGCGAGGGCUCCCAGGGUUCAACCUCCUCGGCGGAGCUCUCUGGCAUCUACUUUGGUAUCCUCAACGUGUAUACUACGCUGCCGCAGUUUGUCGGCACCUUUAUAUCCAUGAUUGUCUUUGGCAUACUCGAGCCCGGCAAGAGCCGAGAGCUGGGUGCGGACGGAGACAAGACGCCGCCUGCAGCGCCUACUGGUCCGAAUGCCAUUUCUAUUUGCCUCUUUAUUGGUGCGAUGAGCACAAUCAUCUCUGCAGUUGUUACAAGGAAACUGAGGCAUUUGGAGUAA